CUCACCCGGGGAGGCGCUUCUUGACAGCCUGCCCUUCAGGGGCCAUGGAGAAUGCCAUCUACAAAAGCAGAAAAGAAAAACAAAUCAGCUUGCAGGUCAAGUCAUCUGUGCACAACUUGAGCAAAACUCAGCAGACCAAACUCACUGUGGGAAGCCUGGGGUUAGGCUUGAUCAUCAUCCAGCAAGGGCCCUACCUCCAGAUCACACACCUCAUCAAGAAGGGGACUGCAGCCAGGGAUGGAAAACUCCAGCCAGGUGAUGUUCUGAUUAGUGUUGGCCAAGCCAAUGUGUUAGGAUAUACUCUUCGUGAAUUUUUAAAGCUUUUGCAACAUAUCACCAUAGGAACAACACUGCAAAUAAAGGUUUACCGAGAUUUUAUUGAGAUACCUGAAGAAUGGCAAGAAAUAUGUGGUUUAAUCCCGGAGACCAAAUUCCCAGUAACAUGCACAAACAAGAAAACUGAGCAGACAAAAGACUCUUUCGCAAGCACUGAGGACAAGGAAGACGCAGUUUUAGAUAAAAAACUUAAGUAUUAUAAAUCCCCACAGUCCACUGGGCAUCAUCCUGCAAGAAGACCGAUGUCAAUCUCCAGAGAAUGGCAUGAAUAUAAAAAGAAGAGCCAGACUAUCAGUGUAGGAACAGACAUUAACUGUGAUGUCAUGAUUCACAGAGACCACAAGAAAGAAUUGAGAGCUCCUUCCCCAUACUGGACAAUGGUGAAGCAAGACAAAGACAGUUCCUCCUCCUCCUCAGCCUCAGACAUAUUCUGGCUGGAAGACUAUGCCCAAGUUGAAAAGGGCAAGGGUCAACAUGCAUCAAAAGUUGGUUACUAG